UUUGAAAAAUCUUGAACGAGAUUAAGUGCUGGUUAUUUAGCCAAAUACAUGCUCGUAGAAUGAUUGACAGUGAACUUCUUGCUUGGGUUGUAGCCAACAAAUAGUACUGUGACACCUUUAUCAUAUGUCAUAGUUAAGAUAUAGUUUCUCUGGCGCUAAAACUUGAACAGUGCUGAAGAUGUCACACGUCCGUCCAAAGGAAAACAUGGCGUUUCAUUCCACACGUCAGACAAUGGAUCUUUCAGAUAAACGUGAAACCUUGCUUCACACACUCAAGUUGGCUUACAAGAAGAUCAAUUCACUGAAUGCUGCCACGAGGAAGAUCAAUGCUGUCAUGGCUAUCUUGUUCAUGAGGAGAGACAAAACCAAGAGCGACAUCGAGAGCAUGACACGUCGACUUUCAGCCAAGAUAGCCAUGCUGCAAAGAGCAUUUGAAAAAGAACUUUCAACCAUCGUGGACAGAAAGAUCAAAGCAAUGGAGGACCAGGUGCAAGUGCUGUUUGAUGAGAUCUGCACCCUGGGAGAAGUUUGUGUAGAGGCAGAGAAGGUUCUGAAGAUUCAGAAUGAGCACAAAUUAGCCUCGGACGGAACUCGUCUGACAGAAACAUUCAGGUCUCUGCUGGAUUGCAAACAGGAUGCAGAGGAACAGGGUGACCUUGAAAAUUUAAUGUUCCUUCAGUUUGUACAAGGUGACCUGGAGACAAAGUUUGACCAAGGGGUCUUCGGACAUAUUUUCACUUCGAAUAAAGAUAGUGGAAUAUCUCUUGCUUGUUCCAAUAUGUCUCUUGAUUCAAAUCCUGAAGUGAGUCCUAUUCCAGGAAACUCACUGUUAAAUAGUGCAUAUAGUUCUGAAUCUCAACCAGGACCUAAAGGAAGUGAGAAAAGUAUUGCCAAUCAAACUCUGCAUCAUGGAAUCCAUAAUGUUCCGUGUCCACCAGGGUUUGAAUCAGGACUUGUGAAAAGGAAAAACGAACUGUUUCCUUGUGUUUCUACACCUGCUGACAAAGUUCACACUCCAAGUCCUCAAGUCAAAGAAACUGUUGCAGCCAAAAAGAAUGAAUCUCUCAAGCAGAAUGCGAGAUUAUUUGAGGAAGCAAUGGAAGUUGCAGCUAAUGAAGAUACUGUGAUGCCAAUGGAUGCAGUGAAUCCUUGCAAUAAAGAAUUGUGCGACCGAUCAUCGAACAACUCCAGACUGUCACCAAUUAUUGAGAAGUGGGAUGAAGAUAUGUACGAGAUCUCAGAGAUGUCGUCUGCCAUGUCUAUCAGACUUCAGAAGAACAUCUAUGACAGAAAGGUGUCUGAAAGGAACGCCAAGAGUAGUUCCAAAGGUUCUGGCGACAUGUGUCAUUCAGCACCAAGUUCAGCUAAAGAAAGAAGUGAUUCAUCAGAAUCUUGGGACAUAGACCUUCCAUAUGAAGACAAACCAUCUCGAGCAUCGUCAUCUGAGAACCCUUCCCACGUGAGAAGACUUUUUGAUAAUGAAGUAGAGUCGAGAGACUUAAAUGGAAAGCAAAAUGAUGGUGAAUCUUGGAAGGAUUCAGCUAAAGGAUUUAGCGUUAAAGGAAACUCUAUAAAAGGUAAUGAGCUGAAAAAAUUGUCACAUGCUACUGAAAACAGGCCUCCCAAAGCCUUUGCAGCAGGGGCAGCAUUGUGGAAGUUUCCAUGUGUCACUGCUAAUGGAAUGGAUGACUGGUGGGAUGCUCGUACUGGUGACUAUAGUCACAUCAGUUUACCCGUGAAGAAAGAGAAGAUUGAUAUGCCGUCUGUAUCAAGUGAAAGGAGGCAAGAGAAGGUACAGGUGUCUACAAGUCUUUGUGGAUCACCUGUCAAGAGUUUCAGGAGCAACCCAGUUGGAAAGAUGCCACAGCUGCCUGGCUCUAGGUCACAGAAACUGCCACCACUGACCGAAGAACAGGGGGAAUACUCUACUUAUGUCAAAGAUUCCGACCAAAAUUCUGAGAUAGUGAGUCAUGAAUCUGAAAAAGACCUUGAUAUUAAUGUGAUCGCUUCAGCAGUAUCCAAGGAGGAUUAUUGCCAAAAGACAAAAAAAGAAGUUCCCUCCAAAAAGACCAACCCCAUCAUUUCUGGUAGAAUGAAGAAUCUGCUGAAGACUUACAUUGAAUCCAACAAGGAAAAUUCUGGGAAUGGAACAGUUGGUGGGGAGGCUGAUGGUACAGGUGAUAGAGCUGGUGAUAGCGUUCCUAGCCCCAAAUCAGAUGUUGAGAUCUUCAAGUCAGGUGGGGCUAAUAUUUCAGACAAACCAAAGGAUGGUAAUGGUGAUUUCAAAAGGGCACUCUCACCAUUAGGACAUAUGACAUCAAAGUGCAGCCCUCAUGACAAGACUGUUUUUCCGAAAUCUAAGCUGGAGGAGCGUAUGCUGGGUAUAAAGCAAGAACCCCAAGAGGAGAUCCUGGUAGAGACUGAUUCUGUAGUGUCUCUAGGAAGUUUCCGGGUUAAGGUUGAGGAGACACCCGUGGCUGAUGCUACCAACUCCAAAGACAAGAUGGUGGCCAGUCUUGCCAAGUCACCAUCACAGAGUAAAGAUGAUGUUGCUGUAAAGAAAGAUGUGUAUCCUGAAGUGAAAAAGGAUGUUCAGUCUGCUAGUAGUGGGACUGUGAGAGAGAAGGUUGUGGAGACAUACACUGACCUGUCAAGGCUGGUGUUCUCAGGGAACUGCUGGAGUGAAAUCAAUGCUACACUUGUGAAUAAGAUUGGUCAGCUGAAGAAAGGCCAUGGGGAAGGCUUCUUCUUUCCCAUCGGUGUUGGUUGCAACAGCCACGGUGACGUAAUUGUUGCAGACAACGGCAACGAUCUUGUUAAGGUCAUGAAGAAAGGUGUCCUUGACAUUACCAUUGGCAUGCAGGCAGACAAGUGUUUCUCACAGAGCGGAGUAUCACUGUCUCGUCCCUCCGCAGUUGUAGUCAACGAGAAGGAUGAGUUGUUUGUGAAGGAUGCCACAGGAAUAUUCAAGUUUGAUGACAAAGGAGUUCUUCUGGAGCAGAUUGGUCAGAAGAUUCUCAAAAGACCUUAUGGACUUGCACUGUCCUACAAUGGACACUUGGUGACCCUUGAUGUGACGAGGUCCGAUCACUUGCUGUAUCUCUUCAAGCAGAAUGGUGGGGUGUUCCCGAUGCAGUGUCUUUGGUCCACUUAGCAGCAAUAUGGCAGGCUCCAAGUGCCGCUUUCUGGAAGUCUUCAGAGACAGGGUCCUUGUCAGCGAUCUUGGCCUUAGUGUGAUGUACUUGGGGAACCUUUGUGGACAAGUGUUCCACUGUUUCGGACACUAUGGAACCAAUCCAGGAUUCUUCCGUGAACCAUCAGGUGUGGCCGUAGACUCUGCCGGGAACUGGAUAAUAGCCGACAGCAAGAAUGACAGAAUACAGGUAUUUUCACCUGACGGGAAGUACCUGUUUCCCAUCAAGCUGUCUGAUCCAAUCUACCGACCGUCUGACAUCAUGCUGACACGGAACAGACACCUGCUAGUUGUCAACUACCUCACUCACUCUGUCAAAGUCUACAAGUUAGGAUGAAGCUCAUUCCCUGACAGGCCACCAUUACCUGCUCUGACUUUCUAUGUACAACCUGUCCUUUGUUUCUGUCUCAUCAUCUUCAUCUAUUAUUACAUUUGCUAAGUCCUAUAUUGUUUCAAUAGUGUGUGUCUAACCUGUCAUAUCAGUGUUUAGCACAGCCUUCUGUCUGUCCUGUCAUCAGUGCCCUUCUUGUGGGUCUGGCCAAUCUUUAUUGUCCGUCCUACUUGUCCUGUGUCCGUCUUCCUGUCCUUUGUAUCAAUCCCUCCCAAACAUGCCUUUUCUCAUGUUCUUGAUGGGGUGAAAUGAUGCGGCUAAUGUUGUCAGAGAUAUUCCAAUGUCAUUCUCCUGAAAGUGUUUGUAAGGCUAUGAUAUUAAUCUUACAUUUUUGCUGAAUGGUCAAAACCAUUUACAUAUUUUUGAAAGUGCUGAUCAACAAUUGAUUGUGCCUUUUCUCCAAUUCAAAGAUUUGUUCUUACAUGUGUUUCCGUAUUUAACCUAAAAUAUAUAUAGUGCUCCAUCAUACUACUGAUCUUUGUGUUGACACUUUGUUGAAAAAACAUAACUCGGGUAAUGAGCAUGUCCUGCAAAAGAAUGGGAUCUAACAAUAUGCCCUGUAGCAUGGCACUAUGGUGUCUUGAUGUUAUGGUAGUAAUGGAAUAUGUGAAAACAUUAUAUCCAAAAUCUUAAGAGGAUUAGCAUGAACAUGUCACUGAUGCUCUCAGAAGACACUUGCCCAUGCAUUGCUGACUUGGAGCAACUGGGUGAGGUGAGGUGAGGUGAAAUUGGGUUUAACGUCGUGCUUGAGAAUAUUUCGCUCAUAUGACGAUAUACAUGCGUGUGUAUGUGUAUGUGCGGCUGCUUGUACUAGCCCAGAC